GGCUGCCUUUACCAACAAAAACACAGCCGGUGUUUCCUUGUUUACAUUCCCGAAGGUGAAGCUUUACUGUGGAACAGAGCGGUCAAGCGGACAUGGUUCCCGAGCACAUGUCAACCGGCAGGUUUCGGUGAGAAAAUUGUGGUAAUAAGUCGGCUCUUACCGUAGUCAUGAGCGGAGCUUGCGUCCUCCUCCCACCAGAGACACUGGCAGUCACCACACCGUGGCCACACCCCUCCGACUUUCAGGUACCAUAUAAUCUCACUAAAACACUAAUAACACAAUAAGCAGAUAAGGGAUUUUCCAGAAUUAUCUUAGUAAAUGUGUCUAAUAACAUCUGAAUCGCUCCCACUGCCCUGUCUUUUUUUUCCCCCUAGUCCUUCACUCUCACUUUCCUCAUCCACGAAUCUUUCAUCCUCGCUCAAAUUAAUGGGGAAAUCGUUGUUUUCUCGGUCCGAAUCGCUCUCGCUGCUGGUGGCCAUGAUUGUAAACAAUGUUCAGAUGUGAGGAGCUCCACAACCCGUGACAUCACACGCACAUCGUCUGCUACUUCCGGUACAGGCAAGGCUUUUUUAUUAGCGACCAAAAGUUGCCAACUUUAUGGUGGAUGUUCUCUACUAAAUCCUUUCAGCAAAAAUAUGUUGAAAUGAUGAAGUAUGACACAUAGAAUGGAGCUGCUAUCCCCGUUUAAAUAAGAACAUCUCAUUUCAGUAGGCCUUUAAGCUCCUCCCCCAAGUGGCUGAGGUGGUAGAGCAUCCUCCUCUCUCUCUCUCUCUCUCUCUCUCACUUUGCCUCCUUCACAUUUCUCCACUCACCCGUCCUCGGACCUUCUAGAAACUUUAUUCCAGAGACUUUUGAGGGCGAAGAAGACCCGAAGAGUGGUCGGCAGAGACCAACACGGACGAUGUGCGGUGCGCGUCAUCUCUUCCAUGAAAGAGGAAGCGCGCGGAAGGAGAGAUGGACAUCUUUUCCGGACUUGCAUCCGUCCAAAGUCCACACAUGGCCGUGUUAGAACCGCCACUGCUGCUCCUCCUGGUCCUGACCCACCUCGGCGCGGCUUUCAACUUAGACGCCCGCCACAGCCUCGUUCUUAGCGGGCCGCCGGGGAGUUAUUUCGGCUACUCGGUGGACUUCUUCGCUAACUCUUCGAGUGUGAGCCUCUUGAUCGGCGCCCCAAAAGCCAACACCAGCCAGCCUGGCAUCAUUGAAGGAGGAGCUGUCUUCUUGUGCUCCUGGAACCAGACUAACUGCAGCAUUAUCAACUUUGACACGCAAGGUGAUCAGUAUUUUUAUAUAAACGAUGUGAACACCCAGGUUGAGUUCAAGUCCCGUCAGUGGUUUGGAGCGACCGUGCGUUCCCAUGGCAAUAAUAUCCUGGCCUGUGCUCCCCGGUAUUACUGGAGGACGGAACACGACACUCCCUUUGCCGAUGUUACAGGAACUUGUUACCUCUCUGACAGUCUCAAGUCAUUUGUGGAGUACGCCCCCUGCCGAACAGAAAGACAUGGACCUGCAGGACAGGGUUAUUGUCAAGGAGGAUUUAGUGCCGACUUCACAAAGGACGGCAGGGUUGUGCUUGGUGGACCAGGCAGCUUUUACUGGCAAGGUCAGUUGAUAUCAGCCAUGCCUGAGGAGAUUGUCAAAGCCUACUACCCUUCCUACUUUUUACUGUCGGUUGCCGGGCAGAUUCAAACAGGACAGGUGCAAGGCAGCUACGAUGACAGCUACCUCGGUUACUCUGUGGCUGGCGGCGAGUUCAGCGGGGAUGAUGAGGAAGAUUUCAUCACGGGAGUUCCAAAAGGCCUCAUGCUGUAUGGUCUAGUGAGCAUAUUCAAUGGAAAGGAUCUGAAGUCACUGCUCAACGUGACAGGAGAGCAGAUGGGGUCCUACUUUGGCUACGCAGUCGCAGCCACGGACAUCAACAAGGACGGGAUGGAUGACCUGCUAGUGGGAGCUCCAAUGUUCAUGCGUCGUGGGUCCAAUGGGCAUCUGGAAGAGCUUGGGAAAGUGUAUGUGUACCUCCAGAGAGGACCUUUGCAGCUGGAGCCGACUGUGCACCACCUACUUGGCCAGCAGCCCUUCAGUCGGUUUGGAACCUCAUUGGCGCCUCUGGGUGAUCUCAACCAGGACGGUUUCAACGACCUGGCUGUUGGCUGUCCCUACGGGGGAGAAGACCAACAGGGACUGGUUCUUAUUUACAAUGGUUACUCUGAAGGAUUGAAGAACACGCCUGCUCAGACUCUCGCUGCCUCAUGGCCUUCCAGCUCUUUUCCUGCCAACUUUGGUUUCGCACUGCGAGGCAACACAGAUCUAGAUCUCAAUGGCUACCCAGACCUGAUUGUAGGCUCUUUUGGGGCUGACAAAAGUGUGCUGUACAGGUCUCGUCCGAUAGUGAACGCCAGUGUGUCUCUGACGGUCCAGCCGACUAUGUUCAACCAAGAAGAGAAGCUUUGUGAGCUUUCCACAGGCACUGGAACCACAGCCGUGUCCUGUGUCAGCGUUGGUUUCUGUGUGCUGGCUGACGGAAAGCACCUCCCUUCUAGUCUCGGAUUUGUGGUGGAAAUUGAGUUGGACAGAACAAAGCACAACCACAAAGAAUCAGUCAGGAGGACUCUGUUCCUGGAAAGUCAGCAGCCCAGUCUGAUGAGGACCUUGAGCCUCACCAAUGGAGAACGUCUCUGCCAUGACACCAAGGUCUAUCUACGGGCAGAAGAGGAGUUUCGGGAUAAACUCUCCCCGAUAUACAUUAGCCUGAACUUUAGCCUGGAUCCCCAAGCCCCAGUGGACCAAUAUGGCCUCAGACCUAUCUUGAAUGACCAGACUGAACAGCUGAUAGAGCAGAAGGCCCAGAUCCAGCUGGACUGUGGAGAGGACAACAUCUGUGUGCCUGACCUGAAGUUGGAUGUUUACGGCGACAGAACAGAAGUUUACCUGGGCGAUGAAAACUCCCUGAGCGUGACCUUCAACGCCAGAAACGAGGGAGAAGGCGGGGCCUACGAGGCGGAACUUUACGUGCUGCUUCCACCAGAGGCCGACUACAGCGGGAUAGCGCGCAACAAUGCGAGUUUGACUCAGCUAACCUGCAGCUACGAGGCAGAAAACCAGACCCGCUUCCUCAAAUGCGAUCUGGGAAACCCCAUGAAAUCCGGCACCAGUUUUUGGGCCGGUGUCCGAUUCACUGUUCCCAGACUGGAGGACACCCACAACACCGUACAAUUUGAGCUCCAAAUAAGAAGUAAAAAUGCUAAUAACUCAGAGAGUGAAGUGGUGCUCUUCCAGCUGGAGGUAGCUGCAAUGGCUGAUGUCAUCCUGCAGGGUGUUUCUCGGCCAGACAAAGUCUUCUUCCCCCCUCCCAACUGGAGUGUUCAUCAGAGUCUGGUCAAUGAGCAGGACAUUGGCCCUGAGCUCCAACAGGUCUACGAGUUGGUGAACAACGGCCCCAGUGUCGUCAGUCAAUCCACAUUAGAGGUGAGAUGCCCUCUCAAGGCUCUCGGCCACGACCUGCUCUAUCCUGUGGACGUGGUCACGGAAGGACCCCUUAGCUGCUCUUCUCAACACACUCUCAAUGCACUGAAACUUAAGCUUCAGCCUCCUGCCACAAAGAGUCCCUCAUCUCUGCAGUCCACACCAGAACAUCUUAUCCACAAGAGGGAGGUCAAAAGUUCCAUGCCUGAACACGGAAACUUGACAUGCUCAACCGUGGAGUGCUGGCGGCUGAAGUGUAACGUUGGGCUGCUGGACAGAGGAGCCAGUGGUAUACUCCGUGUUCAAUUCCGACUUUGGGCAGAGACUUUCAUUGAGAGGGCCUACAAGCAGUAUCUUUUGGAAUGCUCUGUUCAGUUCACUGUGGACAAGAUGCCUUAUUCCAUUCUUCCAAAAUCAAAGCCAUCUGGCUUUAAAAAGGUGGUGACGUCUGUCCUGUGGAGCAAGCCUGAUAACAUUUUCUCUGUUCCCUGGUGGAUCAUCGUUCUGGCGGUUCUGGCUGGGCUGCUUUUACUCUCCUUGCUCAUUUACCUGCUGUACAAGAUGGGCUUCUUCAAAAGGUCAGAUCCAUAUGGUACAGCCAUGGAGAAGGCCCAGCUUAAACCCCAGGCGUCCUCAGAAGCCUAGAACACCAGCGGAGCCUCCAGAGCGGCCGGGACAUUGGAAUAAUAUCACUUUGAUAAGCAUGACUGAGACUUUGUCAGGAAUCAUUGAUGGACAUGUUGUAUCACUGGAAUACACACACUCUGGUGCUGCACUAAAAUAUCAGCCACGAAGAAGAAGAAGAUGCCAUGCAGGUGAGCUUCUAAUGUCAUAAAGAUGUUGCUUAUUUGGAAUCAGAACAUGGUCUACAACCUAAGAGGGAACAUCAAAGUAAAUCGACUUCAGUUCCCUUUUGGGGCGUGAUCAUUUGUUUUAACAUUUCUUGAGUUGUUGAGUGUUAUUCAAAUAUUCAAUACUUAACAGGAGAUUAUUUCAGCCACCUCCAUUUUAGUCUGGGUGUUAACAAAUACAGUGGAACCCGUUUAUGUGCACACCCCUCUGACCGGGUGACUGAUGUCAACAUAAUCCAAAGUAGCCAUUGCUGAAGUUGCACUUUUUUAAAAACUUUUUCUAGCAAUAUAAGGAGAAUAAUGUAUGACCUAAAGCAGGGGUCACCAACGCGGUGCCCGUAAGGACCAGAUGAGUCGCCCGCUGGCCUGUUCUAAAAAUAGCUCAAAUAGCAGCACUUACCAGUGAGCUGCCUCUAUUUUUUAAAUUGUAUUUAUUUACUAGCAAGCUGGUCUCGCUUUGCUCGACAUUUUUAAUUCUAAGAGAGACAAAACUCAAAUAGAAUUUGAAAAUCCAAGAAAAUAUUUUAGAGACUUGGUCUUUACUUGUUUGAAUAAAUUCAUUUAUAUUUUUACUUUGCUUCUUAUAACUUUCAGAAAGACAAUUUUAGAGAAAAAACACAACCUUAAAAAUGAUUUUUCGGAUUUUUAAACACAUAUAACUUUGGAACCUUUUAAAUUCCUUCCUCUUCUUUCCUGACAAUUUAAAUCAAUGUUCAAGUAUUUUUUUUUUUUGUAAAGAAUAAUAAAAUAUUUUAAUUAAAUUCUUCAUUUUAGCUUCUGUUUUUUCGACGAAGAAUAUUUGUGAAAUAUUUUUUCAAACUUAUUAUGAUUAAAAUUCAAAAAAAAUAUUCUGGCAAAUCUAGAAAAUCUGUAGAAUCAAAUUUAAAUCUUAUUUCAACGUAUUUAGAAUUUAUUUUAACAUUUUUGUUCUGGAAAAUCUAAAAAUGAUAAUGAUUUGUUUUUGUUAGAAAUAUAGCUUGGUCCAAUUUGUUAUAUAUUCUAACAAAGUACAGAUUGGAUCUUAACUUAUUUAAAACAUGUCAUUAAAAUUCUAAAAUUAAUCUUAAUCAGGAAAAAUUACUAAUGAUGUUCCAUAAAUUCUUUUUUUAAUUUUUUCAAAAAGAUUCGAAUUAGCUAGUUUUUCCUCUUGAUUUUUUUCGGUUGAAUUUUGAAUUUUAAAGAGUCGAAAUUGAAGAUGAACUAUGUUUCAAAAUUUAAUUUUCAUUUUUUUUGUAUUUUCUCCUCUUUUAAAUCGUUCAAUUAAGUGUUUUUAUCACCAUUUAUUCUCUACAAAAAAACCUUCCAUAAAAGAAAAAAAAGAUGUACGACGGAAAGACAGACAGAAAUAGCCUUUUUUUAUGUAUUUAGUUUUAUUUAUUAAAGGUAAAUUGAGCAAAUUGGCUAUUUCUGGCAAUUUAUUUAAGUGUGUAUCAAACUGGUAGCCGUUGGCAUGAAUCAGUACCCAAGAAGUAGCUCUUGCUUUCAAAAAGGUUGGUGACCCCUGUCAUACAGUAUGUUUAUACUCUUUUGAAACAGAGCUUGGCCUUCAUGGCACAAGCUUGCUGGAGCACAAAAACUUGCCGGAGACCCUUUUUCGCAGGAAAGAUGAGUUGUAACAAGACUGACGUUGACGAGGAAACGCUUGCUGCCUCACGCCAACCUCAUAGCAGACAGCACAUUUCUGCAGGCUGUGGGUACUUUGCCGACACACAAAAGUUGGUCGUUCCUGUUUUGCCAAUAUUUGAUUAAUACAAUGCAAUAAUUUAAGGAACAGUAUAUCGUCCCAGGCUUACUUGCUAGUAAUAAGAAGAGUUGACUGGGACUUGAUGAGUGUACAAGUUGUUGUGUUGUAGCAAGACCGACUUAAGCGGGUUCCAUUGUAUACAUUUUUGGUUGUAUGGACAUAAGUGGCUUCAAAGAGGAUUAGUCACAGGUACAAGGUGAGAUUUUACUCACUGUUGCUUCUACUAACCAGGAAACGUGACACAGGAAAGUUCUAUAGAAGGGCUCUUGAACAAUUUUUAGUUUCUUUUCAUUUAGCUGUUUCUCUUCUCCCUAAAUCAGAGGUCGGCAACCCGCGGCCCAAGACCCGCAUGCGGCUCUUUGACCACUCUGGUGCGGCUCAGCUGUAAAUUUACCGACCAUCCCGAAUUUACCAGGAGAUUUCUGACCUCGGAGCCUUUCCCUAAAAUUGUCUGAGAUUUGCAUGCAGCGAUUUUCACUGGGACAGCAACAUUGUGAGGCGCACCCUGAUGGCAGUGUCCAUAACAUCUUCUAACACCUGUAGUUGUGCCCGCUGUUACACAACACUAUGUGCGUGCGUGCCGGUCACAUAUUGUGUGAAACCUCAAUUACAGUCCUCAAGCGAUUGCAAGGCAUACUUGUUCAACAGCCAUGCAGGUUAGACUGAGGGUUGUGAUAUAAACAACUUUAACAUUCUUACUAAUAUGCGCCACACUGUGAACCCACACCAAACAAGAAUGACAAACCAAAAUUUGGGAAGACAUCCGCAUUGUAACACACCAUAAACACAACAUAACAAAUACCCAGAAUCCCCUGCAACCCUGACUCUUCCAGGCUACAUUAUUCACCCCCCAACUCCGCCCACCUCAACUGACGCAGGAGGGGGUGGGGGGCUGGUGCUAGCGGGGUGUAUAAUGUAGCAUGGAAGAGUGCGGGUUGCAUGGGAUUCUGGGUAUUUCUUAUGUUGUUUUACAGUGCGGGUGUUUUCCCGAAAUGUAUUUGUCCGUCUUGAUUUGUGUGGGUUCACAGUGUGGCGCAUAUUUGUAUCAGUGUUAAAGUUGUUUAAACUGGCACCCCCAGUGUGACCUGUAUGGCUGUAGAACAAGAAUGCCUUGCAGUCACAUGUGUCCGUCUGCAGAAGCCACAUACAACACGUGACCUGAUUGUUAAGCUGUUUGUACAAGUUGUGGAGGGCAUUAAAGACAGCGCUAUUCUAGCACGCCCUUAUAUUUGUUGAAUGGGUUUACUCAGCAGACGUCCGACGUAGUAGUCACUCUUAAACCCGCGAGUGUCCUGGACAAAUCGACAAAUCGGGAGGAAUUGUAUGCGUGAUGCUCAUAAGGGGCAUUCAUAUAAAACUCACUGGCUGCACUAACAUCAAAUCUUCAUAUUUAAUUGCGGGCCGCGUGUCUGAGACCCCUGGUUUAUACAUAGCACAAAGCAAAAAAAUCCUUCUGUAUACAGUGUUAUUUCAUUAUAAAUUUCAAGAGUCUUGUGGCUCCAAUUAUUUUCUGUAUUUUGUGAAACGUGUCAAAAUGGCUCUUUGAGUGGUAAAGGUUGCCGACCCCUGCCCUAAAUAAAACACACUGGUCGUUUAGAAGCUGGCUUCAGUCCAAGAAACGCAACAAAAGUCCCCAAUGCUUUGGUGUUCCUUCUCUCUGAAAAUAUGUAGUCAUUCUUGCAAUUGAACAUUUCGGUCAAUCUUGGCUUUUACUGAUAUUUUCCAAAAAACUACUCACCACUUGUUAUUUAUGUCAUUAUGGUUGACUUUGUACUGUACUGUCAUGCAGGACAAUCCUGAUCAAACUGCAAUGUUGAACUUGAACAUUUCCUCUCCCAUAUUGGGAGGUACUUACUGUGUAUGUUGGAUUGUUUAUGCUAUAUAUGUUGUGCCCCCAAAAUAAAGCCUAAUUUUGUAUACCGA